UUAAAAAUGAACAGAGAGCUUUUGGUGGCCUGGUUUCACGUCUGCUUCAGUUAGAGGGAAGAGAAUGGAGACGCUUGUUUUUCUAUUUCCUCAAUUGAACUACUUUUUUGCUGCAAAGGAGGAAGAGUAUUUCAAAAUGCUUGGUCCAGAGGACCUGCAAGCACAGAGAAUGAAAGACAAGAAUACAAGUGCCGUCAGACUAAAAGAGAAGGACAGAAAGAGUCGACUCAGCCUGCUGCUGAACAAGUCAGGCUCCCAUGAAAAUGUUGGUGUGGAAAAAACGACUGCCACAGCAACAAACAAGAUCUCACCAGAGGCAGCUUUGAAAUGGAGUGACUCCUUUGAAGAACUGCUCAAACAUUCAGAUGGAGUGGAGACUUUCUCUCACUUCCUCAGGACUGAGUUCAGCGAGGAGAACAUUGAGUUCUGGCUAUCCUGUGAGGACUACAAGACUACAGAGUCGGAAACCAAGCUCCUGUCUAAAGCCAAGCAGAUGUAUGCUGUCUUUAUUGUUGCCGAUGCCCCAAAAGAGAUCAACAUUGACCACUCAACCAGGGUGGCCAUUCAGAAGAACGUUGUCCAGCCCACCAAGAGCUGCUUUGAAGCAGCGCAGAGUAAAGUGUACAGUCUGAUGAAGAAAGACUGCUACCCUAGGUUCCUGGUGUCUGACAUCUAUCUGCGCCUCACGAAGAGGAAGACCCCAGGGGGCACCCUGUACCGGAGGAGGUCACGAUCCUGCGUGUUCACCGACCGAGCGGAGGCCACAGCGGACUCCUCCGUCUGGUUGUGACGCCGCCAGCCGACAGCCAUGACCUCUCCUUGUUCCAUCACAUCCAACACCCCCUCCCUCCACCUGCAACACCCCCUCCCUCCACCUCCAACACCCACUCCCUCCACCUCCCGUGCUCACACAUCCCUCUCCUAGUCCACUAACAACCCCCAUACCCUACCCCCACCCGCAUACCCUACCCCCACCCCCAUACCCUACCCCCACCCCCAUACCCUACCCCCACCCCC